AUGGUUCGGAAAUUUCCGCCAGAUAUCAAAGAAAAAAUGAACCUCAAAGAAAAAAAGUAAGCGAGAGGCGUGUUUGUGGUGUUUUGAAGAGCGAAGCCCUUGUUGUUUUGUUAAUCGAUGUUUCGAUAGGACCGCGCAACGUUGAUAAGACUGACAGUCUUCAACGUCGCCGUCGCUCUUGUUUGUCCUACUUUUAUUUUUCGUUCGGUUCCUAACUAUUCCAGCUUACUCGUUGAAGAAACAGUUUUUUUUAGAAUAAUAAUAGAAAUUCGAAUAAACAAAUAAGAAAAGUAAUUUUUGCUUGGCGAUAUGGCCUUGUCCAUGGAAAACCAGUGUUCACAAGAAUGAAAGAUCUGCACGAAGUCGAGAUUCUCUAUACCAUAUAAAGCCUUUUUACUUGAAUUUUUCGUUGUGUAUGGUAUUCAUUUUUUAUCCGUUUCAGAUGGAAAUGAGAACGACGCUGGUGCUUCUAGCCCUUUGCGUCGGCCUUUCCUGGGAGAUGCGCCGACAAGGCGUCGCCGUCAAAGGCGUUCUGCGUUGUGGAGCCGUUCCAGCCAACCACACCAAGGUCCGCAUCGUCGACAUCGACACCGGUUAGUCUCAGAUCCAAAAUCAAAUAAGAAGUUUCUUCAGGACCGGAUCCGGAUGACACGCUGGAUGAGAAGAGAACCGACGAGAAAGGAGAAUUCUCCUUGACUGGAACCACCCACGAGCUCACUUCCAUCGAUCCUGUCCUCUACAUCUGGCACGAGUGCAGAGACGAACAAACGGUUCGUUAUUGACAGCGACGAAACCGUCUUAUCAGACAGAGUAAUCGAAAUCGAGUUGUUAUGGCACCCUUAUCGAUGCGAGACCGAAGACCUCGACCUCGAUAAACCGUCGAUUUCAGCCAUGCUCAAGGAAACUCAAGUUCCUGAUCCCGAAAAAGUUCAUCCAUGGCGGUGACCCGACUCCCGAACAAUGGGUCGACAUCGGCGUCCUCAACCUCGAAGGCGCCUUUGAAGACGAAGGACGCGAGUGCGUCAGCUAA